UCCAAGCUCUAGGGUCAAUUCCAAACAGAUUUUACAAUAAGAAUCACCUAAAAAUUUGUUUUGCUUUACCAUUAUCACCUUUCAGAUCUCUGAAGCUAUCACAAUGGAGGGUAAUUGUCUUUGUAUGGAAUAGGGUAUAGGAAUGAUGACUUUUAAAUAUGACACGCUGAUUCUGAAGCUGGACAAAAGAAAACUCGCUAGAGUCUAUUUAUAUUUUUCUGCAGAUGGAGGUUUCUUGGACAUACCACUCAAUCUGCACUGAUGAUGUCCUUGAUGGUGGGGUCAACUUCAUUGCACAAAGAAUUUUCUUCAGGUGGAAGAUGCUAAAAUGAUUGACCUAUCCUGCCAGUACAAUGCGUGGAAAGACUGUGAUAGUGACCGGGGCGAACUGUGGCAUCGGAAAGGUGACGGUGGCGGAGCUGCUGAAACUGCAGACCCAUGUGAUCAUAGUGUGAUGGGACAAACAGAGGGCUGAGGAGGCGGCACAGGACAUCAAGAAUCAAGCCGGUCUGGAUCAGGGAGAGAUUGUCAUCAAACACUUGGACCUCACAUCGUUCAAGUCUGUGCACGUUAGCUGCAAACCUCUGGGAAACAUUUGUGGUGAAUCGCAAGCUCAUACAUGUGAAAAUAAUAAGUGGAAAAUGUGUGGCAAGUAAGAACUAAGUAAGACAGAAGAGGACUUUGAAAUACAACUUGAAGUGAACCACCUGGGCCACUUCCUUCUUUCCCACCUCCUGCUGGACCUGCUGAAGUAGUCUUCCCCCAGCCGGAUCAUCGUGGUCUACUCCAAACUCUACAAGUAUGGCAACAUCAACUUCGAGGACUUGAACAGUGAAUAGAACCAUAAAAAAGCUUUCUGCUACAGCCAGAGCAAUCUUGCUAACCUGCUUUUCACCCACAAGCUGGUCCGCAGUCUGGAUGGUACCAGGGUAAAUGCCCUCACUCCGUGUAUCCCAAGGACCAUGCUAGGUCAGCAGGUCCAUAUUCCCCUGAUGAUUAAGCCUCUUUUCUUACUGGCUUCUUGAUUGUUCUUCAAAAGCCCACUGGAGGGUGCUCAAACCCCACUGUACCUGACAUGCUCGCCCGAGGUUGAGGGUGUGUCUGGAAAAUGCUUUGCUAAUUGUCAAGAAGCCAAACGCCCCUGGGAUCUAAGUGAAAGCAUGGUGGGCUUAAAUAAGUGA